AUGGCAGCAGAGAUCAAGCAAGGGAAGCCUUUGGUUGAGUUCCGGUCACUGACGAGCGCAGUCUUGCCGGAUGUUUUUGCGGGCCAUGACGAGAUCACGGCCAUCAUCGUCGGUGCUUCGAUUGCUGGCGUUGGAACCCGCCUUGGCAAUGUCUGCGUUUGGGAACAUGGUGUCACCAAUGUGCGGAAGAUACCAAUGUGCAAUUCGUGCAUCCAUUCUUUGGCGACGGAUUCCGAUGGUUUCUUCGUAGCAGCUGGAACUGGUGACGGGCGCAUUGUGGUCUGGCCUCUAGGCAACGGCGGCGAGCCCUGGAUCACGGAGCACUCUCGCUUGCCUGUUCUUGGUUUGGCUUUAGCUCCAAACUUCGGGGCGCAGAAGGACACGUUUGCACUCUGCGCUGGAGGCGAUGAUGGCCGCUUGAUCCUGCACCGACGAACUUUUCUGGGUGGCCAGACGCUUCUGCAUUCCGGAGAAGGGCCGAUCAAUCAGGUGCGCUGGCGGGCCUCCCUCAUCGCUUGGGGCAACGAGAAGGGCGUGAAGGUCUACAACACCGCGACCUCUCAGAAGGUCACCUAUGUGCCCCGACCUCCGGGAGGGGGACGCGUGACGGGGCUUCUUUGGAUCUCGGAUGACCAGCUGGCCAUGUCUUGGUCCUCCGUGGUGAAACUGGCGGUGAUCCUCCCCGCGGAAGGCUCCAACCUGUAUGCCCAGGUGCGACACGACCUUCCCUGUGCGGAUGUGAUCCACGGCUUGGGCCUCGCCGGACCGGGGGCGCUCAGCACCCUCGAAGUGACGGGCAG